AUGGUAGAAAGGGGGCGGCAAGCAGAGAUGGAAAAGCCACUAUCCUGGUCAGCGAGCGGACGAUCCGUCCUGAAGCUGAACAUCCGCCAACUGUGCCUUUGUGGGGCGUGGCCCCUCUGGCGGUCCCCACUGUUCAACGUGUACACCCUGUUCGCUUUCGCCCUGGGCGUGUGGCACACCACAGAGAGCGCGCUGUCGUGCUACUUCAGCUGGGGCGACAUGGAGCAGUCGACUAUGGUGCUAAUGGCCACCUUCAACAUCGGCGGCAGCACCGUCAAGAUGGCCCUCUUCGUGCUGCACAGGCAGCAGUACAACUCCCUGGUGCGUCACGCCGACGUCCUGAUGACUGAGGGUGCGCCCUGCUCCAAAGAGGCGGCGCUGCCGGAGCUCGUGCUGGCGGCGCAGAGGCGGGCGGCCCGCCUCACCCUGGCCAUGCUGAUGCUCAUCGCGUCGCAGUACGUCACUUGGUUCCCCAUGCCACUCGUCGUCAACAGGGCCGAGCACCGCCUGCCGUUGGCCCAGCACCAGUGGGACGACAACAGACACUUUUACGCGCUCUCGUACGCCCUCCAGUGCAUGGCGGCCGCUUGGACGACGCAGGUCAGCCUGGGGGUCGACUGCCUCUUCGUGACGGUCAUGAUGCUGGUGAUCGCGCAGCUGGAGGCCCUGGCGUCGCGCAUCCAGGGCAUCAGAAUCGAGCAGCAGGCCUCCUCUUGCGCAGCGCAGACGACGAAAAAGGUUUCGGACCAAAUGUACGAAGAACUGUGCCUUUGCGUCGAAGUUCAUCAGAAGCUUCUCAGCUUCGUCAAGCAACUGGAGUCUACAAUGAGUCCCAUUGUGACUACGCAGUUCGCCAUCAGUGUCCUCGUCGCGUGCGUGUCGCUGUUUCCAGCAACAUAUGUAAGGCAUGUAUUUAACAAUAGCUGA